AUGCCUCCCUUCGGUUUUCCGCCUCCCGAGGUGUGGCGGGAUGGCUUCAGCGUCGCCUGGCUCUACAGCGCCUUGGCCGACUUCUGGAAGCCCUGGCUGCCCGCCGACGCAGUCGCCACUCUGGAGAGAUACGGCUACUAUUCGGUUGGUGUUGGGCCCGGCUUCCGAGUCAUCGUCCUCAACACCAACGUGGCCUACAAACUUAACUUCUGGGUGCUGCUGACGGCGCAGCGCGACCCGUACCAUCAGCUCGAGUGGCUGGCCGACGAGCUGCGAGCAGCCAGCAGGGCCGGCGAAAAGUGCCACGUGAUCGGGCACAUCUCGCCCGCCGACCCGGACAUUCUGCCCGCCUGGAGUCACCUGUACCGCCGCAUCAUCCGCAGCUACCAAACGACUGUGACGGCCGAGUUCUUCUCUCACACGCACGUGGAUGAGGUCCAAAUAUCCAAAGACAAGAACGACGAGGCAUUCGCCGUCUCCUAUAUAGCGCCCUCUUUAUCACCCUGGAAGGACGUCAAUCCCGGCUACAAGGAGCUGACGGACCUGGAGCGCUGGACCACCGACCUGGCCGACGCUAACCGCGACCCGGACCGGUACCCCGGCUGGUUCCUGCAGUACCGAGCCGCUGAGGAAUACGGGCUCACAACACUCUCACCCGAACAGUGGAGCAAGGCCGUCAACGCGAUGCUGCUCAAGGACCAUCUCUUCACCAAAUACUACAGGAACCUCAGCGGGGGCUCGCGUGUGCAAGCCGACUGUGACGGUGAGUGUCGUCAGGAGGUGAUCUGCAACGUGGUGACAGCCGACCGGUCCAGCUCGCUACACUGCGACCUGGCGCGCGCCACCUACCGGGCCGGGGUCAGCCUGGCGUAA